GCAGAGGCGGCGUGGGCGCGCGCUCGCCGCCCAGCCGCGGUGACCCACAGAGGCGAGCGGGGUUCCAGUGGCGCGGCCGCCGAGCUUGAGAGGGUCUGGGGUCGGCGGUGCUCUCGGGCGGAGGGGCUUCAGGUCAGCGGCGGCGCCGGCGCCCGCGGCCCCUGAGCGAAUUGAGGACGAGGCCGCGAGGCGACAGCGCGGCGCGGCCCCCUCCCGCGGCCGCGCCCGGAGUAAGGCAAAAAAGAAUGAAAGAAGUAGAUAAUCUUGAAAGUGUAAAAGAAGAAUGGGUUUGUGAAACAGGAUCUGACAGCCAACCACUUAGUGACAAUCGACAAACAAACUGUGAAUAUUUUGUUGACAGUCUUUUUGAGGAAGCUCAGAAGGUUGGUGCCAAAUGCUUGUCUCCCGCUGAACAGAAGAAACAGGUAGAUGUAAGUAUAAAAUUAUGGAAAAAUGGAUUCACAGUCAACGAUGAUUUCAGAAGUUAUUCUGAUGGUGCAAGUCAGCAGUUUCUGAACUCCAUCAAAAAAGGGGAAUUGCCUUUGGAAUUACAGGGAAUUUUUGAUAAAGAGGAAGUGGAUGUUAAAGUUGAAGAUAAAAAAAACGAAGUAUGUAUGUCAACGAAGCCUGUGUUCCAGCCCUUCUCAGGCCAGGGCCACAGACUGGGAAGUGCCACACCAAAAAUUGUAUCUAAAGCAAAGAGUUUUGAAGUUGAAAAUAAAAACAGUUUGUCUACUGUCCCACUAAACCACCUGGAACCCAUCACUAAUAUACAGAUCUGGUUAGCCAAUGGGAAAAGAAUUGUCCAGAAAUUUAAUAUUUCUCAUAGGAUAAGCCACAUCAAAGACUUCAUCGAAAAAUACCAAGGAUCGCAAAGAAGUCCUCCCUUUUCCCUGGCAACGGCUCUUCCUUUCCUCAGAUUGCUAGAUGAAACACUCACACUGGAGGAAGCGGACUUACAGAACGCUGUGAUCAUUCAGAGACUCCAAAAAACCGCGGAACCUUUUAGAGAACUUUCCUAACGUUGAUUUUUGAUACACUAAGUGGAAAGUUUGCAGAGAAAUGAUGGUUUUAAGUGGACAUGCAAACCAAAAUGGGGGAAAGGAAGAGUGAGAUUCACUGGACUUUUGGUUUGAGUGCUGUCUAACUCCCUCCUCAUGAGAAGAUUUUUAAAUGAGUACAAGUUAGGAAAGUCAACUAUGACUGGAAACCAUACUCAAUGCACUUUCUCCAAAAGGUUACUCAGAAAGAAAAAUAUACUUAUUUUUAAAUACCAAUUAUUCAACAUAAGAUAUAUUAAAUAGCUGUAUCAUUGAGAAUCUUAAUAUGAUAUAAACAAGCGAAUAUCUUCACAGCAUCAUUCAUUCGAACAUUGUUUCCAAACAGCAGUGAUUUAAUUAAAUAUUAGCUGUCUCAGAUUUUUAAAAUAGCAAUACCUUUAAAAAUUAUAUCUGGAAGGUUAAAUGCAUCAUUAUAGUCAUUUCAUACUUGAGAUACAAUCAAAAAGCUGAAGGAACUGCUUUCCCCACAGCUUUGCCUAAACCUCAGAGUGUUCUCAAUCUGUCUUCUCUAACGGCAAGAUAUACUCAAAUAGCAACUUGGCAGUAGUAUCUAUGAUGUAUUUUCACUUAACAAUAAAAUUGUGUAGCUUAGUAUAAUGUCACUGCUAAUCUGCCUACUCACCUUUCUACAUUUUCAAAAAGUGCAAUUUUUAAAAAAUUCUUUUCUCUCCAGGAAGCCCAGUUCCUCUCCUAUUUUAUUUUCUUUCAAAAAUUAGGUAUUUGUUCUAAGCUAACAUUUGGAGUAAGUCAUUCAUUCACUUGCCACCUCUCACUUAGAAUUUGAUGCUGUGUUGUCACAUUACUAAUUAAUAUUUUUAAAAUGUGUCAUGUAAAGUAUGGUUUUCUCUUCCAUACAUCAGAGCAACCUGUGUAUACAUUAAAGAUUAUUUAUCACAUUCUGAUGUGACCAAGGGAAACAUGCUUCAUAUCUUAAACUUUUAACUAAAACUGGUUAGGCUUCACUGUUUCGCUGUCCGAUUAAAUUCCCUUGCCUGAAAAUAAGUUUAAGAAGGUUUUUACAAAUGAUCUGUUGAAUCAAAUUUGAAGUGAAGUACACAUUGAGUGUGCCCAGGAACUAAGUGGCUGUGCCCGUCAGCAGUGGCGUUCGCCGGGCACUGGAUGUCUGCUGGGAAGAGCACUUCUCAAACUUUUGGUCUCAAAACUUUUUGUUUAUGUGGGUUAAAUAUGUUAUAUUAAAAAUAAAAAUUAAAAAGUUAUAAAAUAUUCAUUAAAAUAAUAAACACAUGUUAAUAUAAACAUUUUUAUGAAAAAUGUGUAUUUUCCAUACAAAAAGAUUUAGUGAGAAAAGUGGCAUUGUAUUCCUUUUUUUGCAAGCAUCUUUACUGUCUGACUUAAAGAAGACAGAUGGAACCUCCUAUCUGCUUCUACAUUCAAUCUGUUGCGGUAUCACAGAUCUUGUAGCCUCUGAUAAACGUCACUGUACAUUUAUCAGAAACUGGGGAAAAAAGCAAACAACGUGUUAGUAUGAUGAUGAAAAUAGUUUUGACCUUGUGGACCCCCUGAAAGAACCAUUCUUACAAAGCGGUGGUUCACAAUGAUCUCAAGCCUUCGUGUAGGAAUCGCUUAGAAAGCUUUUCAGAAUACCUGCCUGUCUGUGCCUGCCGCCCAGACGCAUCCUGAUUCAUUGUAUCUGGGAUGGCUCGCAGAUCUCUGCAUUUUGAACUUCCAGUGAUUCUUAGUUAUGUAGUAGAAGAACCAGUCUUUGGGAAAUGCUGUGCUAAGCUUCCACCCUAAGAAAAUGAAACCUACUUCCCCUUGGACAGUGAAAGAUUCCUCUGAAAUGGGGCUGCUAGACCCUUCAGUUUUGUCCUCGGCCCUCACUGUUUGUUCUUAGACUGUUCCCCUGUAACUCUGAACUAAGCAUGGCAUAAACCUAUGCUUAAUCUUUUCUAAGCACAGCUGAGAAGAGGCUGGAACGUUUAAAUGAGGCUUUUAUUAAAUGCUCAGGAAUAACAAAAGGGAAAUAACAGGGAACUAGAUGACCUGGCAGUGCUUCAUUUUCUAGCUCCCAGCCUUCCACAUCAUAGAGGCCUAUCUUUUUAUUAGGAAGAGAGGACAAAGGAGAGCCUUUUCCUUUUGUCAUUUACUCUCAGAAAUGAACAGAUACAUAAUAGAAAAUAUUGAUUGUCAGUAACAUUUAUAGCUGUGGCAGAGCCUUCUCUGGUGAAACAAAAAUAAUGGCAUUCUUAGAAAAAUGAGAGGAUGGUAAAAUCAGUGAACUUCUCUUUCGGAUAGAAGAUAGCAUGACAUGAUUGUUAAUAUAUUUUCAAGAAUCUGUAAGAAAAUCUUUCACAUAGGCCUACCAUGAAGGCUUUUAUACUUUUCAUUUGCAAAAUUAUACUCAAUAUGUGAUACUUCAUAUAUUUUGAUAAAGGGGUCUCUUGGAAAUAAUUUUCUUGUACCUAUGGAAAAGCCUCCUUUGUGAAUUUUCCAUUUUGUAAGUAUUUAACCGGUGGACACUUUGGAGGUUUUCUUGUGUGUACAUAUAGAAUACACCCCGAUAAGUUCCUAUAGAGAAAGAGCUGUCAUCAGCAAUAACCUUCGUUUUUGUAACUGAAAACUCAUUAAUGUGAAUAAUCUCAGAGGUUUUCUAAAAGGAGAAUCACCGGAUAAAGCUUUUUACCCGAAAGUUUAAAAUUGUAAAGUCAAUGUGUAGAAUACUCAAAACAUAUUGACUUUAGAAAACAUAAACUGAAUUUGGCAAGGGAAGGCAAACUGGAAAAUAAGCAUCUUAGGUGUGGAGUACAAUUUGACCUAAGUUAUUUCAAAAUUCAUUUAUCAGUUUCUUGAAAAUCAUUGUUAGGGCUGAUAUAUAGAAGUACAUUUCUAAUUUUACAGAUUUUAAUUUAUUCGUUAAAUUACUAUGCCUUAUCUGGGUUAUAAAAUGAUCUUAUUUAUUUUGUAUACUUCUCAUUCAGAAUAUUUUUUGUUACAUUUUAUUGUGUUGACAAUAAUGGUAUGUGUGCAUCUAUUUCAGUGCCUUAUAAGUAUUUCAAGAGCAAUCCUUUCCUAAGGGUUAAAGAACUGUUAUCUUAAGGAUGAAAUACUAGUCAUUAAAAGGAUCUGUGAAACAAUUUACACUUGUUUGUUAUAAAAUAGUUACAUAUGUAUGGAUGCUUUUGUCACUUUCAUUUGGCAAAGUCAUUCAGUUUGAGAAUCAAACAUUUAUUAGGUGCCUUCUGUUUGCCAGAUACUUUAACCAAUGUUACUUUCAUUUAAUACUCAGAAAUGUAAAAAUGUGAUUUUUUAAUACUAACUCAA